GCUCUAGUCUCUGUUCUACGUUUUGACAGUUCAAUUCGCUGACGUUUUGUUCCUUUCAUUGCAAACAUUUUUCGAACGUCGAUCUUGCUGUAGUUUUUUUGGUGAAUAUUGUGAGGAAACGGGAAUUCUGCAAAUAAAAUGAAACCGCUGAUGUUACAGGGGCACGAGCGUGCUAUCACGCAAAUAAAAUACAACCGGGAAGGAGAUUUGAUUUUUUCAACUGCAAAAGAUCACAAACCGUCGGUAUGGUUCUCGCUGAAUGGUGAACGCUUAGGAACGUACAACGGACAUCAGGGUGCUGUUUGGUGUGUUGAUGUCGAUUGGACUACAACAAGAUUGAUAACCGGAAGUGGUGACAUGUCUACAAAAUUGUGGGACGUUCAAACUGGCCAAGUCCUAGGGACAAUCAAGUGCAGUUCAGCUGCCCGUACCGCUAAUUUCAGUUACUCGGGAAACCAGGCUUCGUACUCGACAGAUAAAGCUAUGGGUAGCAACUCCGAAUUGUUCAUUUUCGACGUGAGGAAUGUUGAUUCUAGCAUUAGUGAUCAAACAUCAAUGCUGAAGUUCACUAUGAACGAACAAUCCAAGAUUACUUCAACAUUAUGGGGUACUCUGGACGAGACUAUUAUUACGGGACAUGACAAUGGUUCAAUCCGCAUCUGGGAUUUGCGCGCCGCUAGAGAGUUGAAUUCUGUCAACGCUCAUACCAAUGCUAUCAAUGAUAUGCAGUUGUCGAAAGAUGGAACUAUGUUUGUAUCGGCUUCCAAGGACACUACCGCAAAGCUGUUUGAUUCUGAAGAUUUGAUGAGUCUAAAGACGUACAAAACUGAACGACCGGUUAAUUCUGCUGCAAUCAGCCCCAUUCAUGAGCAUGUUGUUUUGGGUGGUGGCCAAGAAGCGAUGGAAGUUACCACAACUUCGACCAAGUCCGGCAAGUUUGAUUCUCGAUUCUUCCAUCUUGUUUACGAAGAAGAGUUCGCUCGCGUUAAGGGCCAUUUCGGACCUAUCAACAGUUUGGCCUUUCACCCAGAUGGCAAAAGCUAUGCGACGGGAGGUGAGGAUGGUUUUGUGCGUGUUCAAGUUUUUGAUGCUUCGUAUUAUGAGUACGUGUUUGAGUGAACGACCUUAGAAUAUUUGUGGUCAGGACUAACAGUUGAUAAGAGAAGACAUUGUCCAAAUUGGUAAGGACUCAAAAGCAAAGUAAGUGGUAACUCUAGAGGUCGUUGAUUGCUCAGUUCAGGCAUAAACAUGUCUAAAAAUAUACGACGGCAUCUUUCUAUGAAUAAAACUUGGAUGCUGUCAGAA